UCCGCGCUCGCAGAGACACGACGAUCACUUCGAGAAACGUGACACUCGUGACAGUAGUUUUACAACAUUUGUGAAAUUCACGGUGGGGUCUAAAGGAAGUAACCGAUCGGUACAAAUCGUACAUCGAGCAUAUUAAUGGUGAAGAAAUACGUGUAUACGUAGGCGCGAGAAUAUCAAAAGGAGUUGAUAUUACUACGCCGCACGUUGUGGAAGGAAGCAGAAAUCGAGUACUAGCAGGAAGUGGGUAGAAGGGGGUACGUCGUUGAGCUAGUUGAUUCGGUGGUGGCUACAUGUGGCUGUCCGCCGGUCGCGACAACGAGACAUUUCCUAUUGAGGCAUAAAAAGUUACAUUUUCCAACGGAAAUCGAUAGUUGAAAGAAGCCGUAAUCAUGCAAAUGGAUCCAACGACGGUGCAACUUAUCCAGGUUCUAGAGAGAACAGUCUCAUCAGACAAAAAUGAAUUGGAAGCAGCUCAGAAUUUUCUAGAGCAAGCAGCAAGGACUAAUCUCCAUGAAUUCUUGCAAAGACUUAGCAGCGUGCUUGUUACUGCUGCUGCAAGCCCUGUUGCUCGUAUGGCAGCAGGUCUUCAGCUUAAAAAUCAACUUACAUCCAAAGAUCCAGACCUAAAAUAUCAAUAUCAACAACGUUGGCUUGCGAUUCCUGUAGAAACAAGAGAAUAUAUUAAGAAAAAUAUUUUUGGGGCACUUGGAACAGAGAACAAUAGGCCAGGUUCUGCACCACAGUGUGUUGCAUAUGUAGCAGUUGCUGAAUUACCUGUUCGUGAAUGGACCAAUGUUAUUCAGCUAUUAGUUAAUAAUGUUGUAAAUCCAAACAGUACAGAAAUGUUAAAGGAGGCAACUCUAGAAGCCAUUGGUUACAUUUGUCAAGAUAUAGAAAGCGACGUUUUGGUACCUCAGUCUAACGAAAUUCUCACAGCUAUUAUUCACGGUAUGAAAGGAUCUAGUACUUCGCAUUAUGUUCGUCUUGCAGCUACGAGUGCACUCUACAAUUCAUUAGAAUUUACCAAAGGAAAUUUUGAGAUAGAGACAGAACGAAACUUCAUUAUGGAAGUGGUAUGCGAGGCGACGCAAUCUUUAAACACACAAGUUAAAGUAGCAGCAUUACAGUGUCUUGUGAAGAUUAUGUCGUUAUAUUAUCAAUAUAUGGAACCUUAUAUGGCUCCAGCACUUUUUCCGAUUACUUUAGAAGCUAUGAAAUCAGAUAUUGAUGAAGUUGCACUGCAAGGAAUUGAGUUUUGGUCAAACGUAUCCGAUGAAGAAGUAGAUUUAGCCAUGGAAGAAGGUGAAGCCUCCGAUGGUGGUCGACCGCCGGUCAAAGUAUCGAGGCAUUAUGCAAAGGGUGCUUUGCAAUACUUGGUACCUGUUUUGAUGAAGAAACUCACUAAACAAGAAGAAUUCGAUGACGAAGACGAUUGGAAUCCUUCAAAAGCAGCUGGAGUAUGUUUAAUGUUACUAUCAUCUUGUUGCGAAGAUGCCAUUGUUCCCUUCGUUUUGCCAUUCAUCAAAGACAGUAUCAAAAGUCCAGAUUGGAGGUACAGAGAUGCUGCUUUGAUGGCUUUUGGUUCGAUUCUCGGAGGCGUCGAUCAUGCCACUUUGAAACCUUUGGUAGAGCAAGCAAUGCCAACGCUUAUCGAGCUUAUGUAUGAUAGCAGUGUCGCGGUAAGGGAUACAGCUGCAUGGACGUUUGGUCGAAUUUGUGAGAUCAUACCAGAAGCGGCUAUUAGUGAGACAUAUUUGAAACCAUUGCUAGAAGCUUUGAUAAAUGGUUUGAAGGCAGAACCUCGUGUUGCAGCAAACGUUUGUUGGGCAUUUACAGGCCUUGCAGAGGCUAGUUACGAGGCCGCUGAAAGUUUAGAAGGGCAAAAUCCAGAAACUUAUUGCAUGUCUCAAUACUUUGAUUUUAUUAUUCAGAGAUUAUUGGAAACAACAGAUCGUCCUGAUGGAGCUCAAGCUAACUUAAGGUCAGCUGCAUACGAAGCACUAAUGGAUAUGGUAAAAAACUCUCCGCGCGAUUGUUACAUAACCGUGCAGAAGACGACGAUGGUAAUUCUGGAAAGAUUGCAGCAGGUACUGCAAAUGGAGACACAUAUCCAGAGCCAUUCGGAUCGUGCUCAAUACAACGAUUUACAAUCGUUGUUGUGUGCAACUUUACAAUCCGUAUUGCGUAAAGUUACACCAGAAGAUGCUCCUCAUAUCUCUGAUGUAAUAAUGACAGCUUUACUAUCCAUGUUCAAUUCGAAUUCUUGCAAAGCCGAGGGUGUACAGGAAGAUGCUCUCAUGGCUGUAUCGACUCUGGUCGAAGUGCUAGGAGAACGUUUCUUGAAGUACAUGGAUGCGUUCAAACCCUAUCUUUGUCUCGGUUUAAAAAAUUACGCAGAAUAUCAAGUUUGUUGCGCUGCGGUAGGUUUGACUGGUGAUAUCUGCCGCGCCUUGAAGAGCAAGAUGUUGCCUUACUGCGACGAGAUUAUGACCCUGUUGCUAGAAAAUCUUAGCAAUGAUUCGGUCAAUCGUUCUGUGAAACCUCAAAUCUUUUCUGUUUUCGGUGAUGUUGCUCUUAGUAUUGGCCCAGAAUUCAAGAAAUAUUUGGAUGUAGUACUUCAAACGUUGGCUCAGGCUUCCCAGGCGAACGUGGAUAGAAGCGAUUACGAUAUGAUCGAUUAUUUAAAUGAAUUACGCGAAGGUGUUCUUGAGGCUUACACUGGUAUAGUGCAAGGACUACGUGGUGACGAAACAAAUCCUUGUUCAGACGCUGCGAUUGCUUUGGUGGAGCCGCACGUACCCUUUAUCAUACAGUUUAUUACAUCAAUAGCUCAAGACCGUGAACAUUCCGAAGGCAACAUUUCAGCCUCGGUGGGAUUGCUUGGUGAUUUGGUCACUGUUUUCGGAGUAAAACUUUUGCCAAUGGUCGAGACUGAACCGCUUACAGAGCUCUUAACUAAAGCUAGACGAUCACGCAUUGAUAAGACCAAAACUCUGGCCAACUGGGCAACUAAAGAGAUUCGAAAGCUCAAGAAUGUUGCUAAUUCCACAUCUAGUUGAUCACCCCACGGUUGUACUGUCGUGCAAUUUGAUUUGACUAGAGAGCUAUCGAACACAAUACAAAGACAACAAGAUUGGAUGGUGCGGAUGCGAGUUGAUGGAUGUGCGUGAGUUUCGAAGCGAUGACGAUGAUGGGGUGAUGAAUCUGCACGUGUCCCUGCUCUGGCGACGGUAUUCGAGUACCGACACGUUGAGCACAACCCCAAAUGGUCGAGAAAAUAAAUACCUGUCUGCCGGAUGUCUGCCGACAACGGAUGAUGAGGAGUGCAAGUGGAUGUUGCCGAUGAAUGAGCCAAGGCCGAAGUCUGCCGAAAUGUUCCGGUGAUGCAAGUAUGCCUGAUAACGAGCCUGGGGCUUCUACCCGCGUGAUUGAGAAGUUGAACCUGAGGAAAGGACGACUUCGAUGGACGAUGUUCGUGGCCAGUGAGAGAGAGAGAGAGAGUGUGUGAGAGAAUGAGAGAAUGAGAGAACGAGAGAGAGAGAGAGAACGUGUAUGAUUGUGAAAGAACAAAAGAAGUGAGAAGAACACGCAGGGAAACCAAACGAGAGAGAGAGAGAGACUGCAAAGCUGUGAAAGUAUGUAUUCUUAAUAAUUGAACGUAAGAAUGAUUUAUUAAUUUGUAUGCGUGUUAGAAUCGCAGAGAGUCUGUGUGUAAGUAUAAAAUAAAACUUCACUUAUUGAAUGAGCGAUUAUACACACAUCGUCUCGUCGAGAAAGUUCAAUUAUGCGUAACUCGUUGUAAAGCUUCUAGCUUUUUUGUCCUCCUGUAGCUUUGUCAACGAAGCCCGCGAUCUGUUUCCGAUUCCUUGCUGAACGAUCACACCAUCACUCGUUUGAAGCAAUCGAAGCAUCAUCGAAUGACUGUUUUUGGGAUAACUUGAAGUUAAUUAAAGCGAAAUAAAUGAUCGUCAGAGUGCUGGUUGCUACUUUGAUGGAGCGAAGUGAUGCGUGAGUGGUAGUUGAAAAAACUUAACAAGAAAGAGAGGGCGAGAGAAAGUGGUAUGAAGAAAAAGAAUGAAUGCGUAUGAAGAGUGUCACGAAUGAUUCUCUGAAGAAAAAAAAAAAAAAAAAGGUUCGAAAGAUUCGAAAUACUAGUGAGACCUCUGGUCCGAUCGUGCUGCGCGAGAAUCUAUAUGAUUAGUUGUAGUAUGAUGAAGAUGAUGAUAUGAUGAUGAUGAUGAUGAUAAUGAUAAUGGUGAUAAUGAUGAUGAUGAUGAUAAUGAUGAUGAUGAUGAUAAUGAUGAUGAUGAUGAUAAUGAUGAUGAUGAUGAUGCGUAUGUUACUUUUUCCCCCGUAUGUGAAUGUCUGUUGCUGUUGAUUCAUUAAAAUUAAUAUUUUGCUGGCAUAA